AUGGAUGACGAUGGGGCGAGCGAAACAUAUCCAGAGAUUGACAGUGUGUCAGCCUCAGUAUUAAAAGCUGCUGGUGUGAAGAUGACCAUGUUGCCCAGCCUCACUAAGGAGGAUUUGCGAGACCUGUUUCCUGGACCAGAAAACUUUUUAAGAAGAAGACACAUUUGGCAACUUGUUCAUGGUGAUGUGGAGAGCAGCCAGGAGACAUGCACCGAAGAGAGUGAUGAACCUUUCUCCUCCCCUACUUCAGUCUCUUCACCUGCCUCAUCAGUCGCCUCGUCCUCUGCCUCCACUGUGAUCCUAGAGAAGUCAACUCCAUCUACUUCCCAAGAGGAUCUCUUGAGUGAGAGCCCACAGAGCCAAGCAAGACACUAUAAAACUCUACAGGAUAUGUACAAAACUAAGAACAAACCAAACAAGGAAGAUGUAUCUCAGCUGUUGGAACUGGAGUUCCAAUCUAGACGGGCUUUCAUUGACUCUGAUGUGAUGAAGGAACAGGACAGGCCUACGAAGAUACUGCAGGCUUAUCCAUGUUUUAAAGAACUUAGCCAUAUCAUCGAUGAACUUCACCGAAUCCUUGCAAGAGGAAACCCCUUCUUCACAAUGGAGCUGAAGAAACGUUGGCUGAGAUUUUUUAACCAGGCGCAGUUUUAUGGGGUGUUCAAAAAAUUCAUAGGGCCACCAUUGCAGGACCAAGAGGGAGAAUUUGUUAAAGAGUGCUUGGUGGACUCUGCUGCGCUAAUAUGCCCGGAGAAAAAAGGAGCAUUUGAACAAGUACCGCUGUCCAGGCGAACGGUGACAAGGAGGGUCGAGGACAUGGCGGGGAAGAAUCUGGAGCUUCAACUGCAACAUGAAGUGGCACGUUUUGACCUCUUCUCUUUGGCUUUGGACGAGAGCUGUGAUGUCCGAGACACGGCCCAGCUACUCGUAUUUGUUCGUGGGAUAACCGGCUUCAAGAUCACAAAGGAGCUGGCAGCAGUGCGGCCGAUGAAAGGGACCACAACAGGGGCUGAUCUGUUCAGGGAGCGGUCCGCCAACGACGGACCCGACCACGUUGCGCGCGACCCCAACCAAACAACGGGACCGCACACAACUACAGCCAACCAACAACACAACAUUAGACACAUCGACCACUUUGACCCCAGACUCGACCCACCUAUGAGCCAGGCGACGUACCACGUGACAGACCGCUCGCGGGUCCCCGGCGACCUCUCCGUCUAUGAGAGACAACCCCCGCCCGGACCCGCCGCAAUGCAUCGAGACGUAAAAUACGAGACGCAUGGCUACCAGACCCAUACACACGGACUGUCCAUGGACCGCGGCGAACAACGGCCGACGGCCCGCCAUGGGGACGGUCGAGACCCGCUCGGACCAUCCGACCGGGACUUUGACCGCAUAGCUAGACACAUAAACCGCUUUGACCCCCGGCCCGGCAUGCCUACAAACACCCGGUCAUACCUCCGCGUCGUCGACUUCCACGCCGACCGCAUACCACACGCAUCUCAAGAUGACAAAAUAUUCUUGAUUAGACUCACGUCCAAUGGAGAGGUGAAUGACUUCAUCGAAAGGCAACCAAAGGCUAUAAAACAAGACUACAAUGGGCUCUGCAAAGCCAUCCUAGCAGAAUACUCAGACUACGGCGCCUCCGGGACCCUCACGGCAGCCAUGGCAGUCAAACAAGCUCACAACGAACUUGCGGAAUGCUACUACCACAGGUUGAGACAGGCCUACUUCGGCAACCGAAACUACGAAGGGAUGGAGGAAGAUACAAAUUUCAGGGCCCUCGUGGAAAACCACAUGGAACUCGAGGGCGCACCAACGGCCCAAAAACACAAAUGGGAAACUGACCGCGGACCUCAAAGGAAUAACCAGAGACACGCGGACCCGAAGAACGGACAGCCACGCGACCAGAAACUCCCGCAAUACGGCGAGAGACGCGCCGGCCAGGCCGACGGGAAAGACCGCGCGCCACAACGGUCCCACCAAGACCGCACUGCUACAACCAUAAAUAAGAGCAACCUUUCCAGAGAGGAACAAUCCCUCCUCCGCACGCUCCUGUGCAAAGCCAGAGAGAAGAAGACAGACAGCGCCGACGUUUUCGCAGUGUCCGUGUCGGAUGACGCCGAGGACGCUCCCUACCAGAUGGACGACGACCUCAGCGAACAGGAGCCGGAUGACGACUACUCCGACCCAAACGCACAAAAUGAGGACAUCCGCUACGACCAGAGGGAGGUCAUGGUAAUACAGGUAAACUCCAUCACAGACCCACAAGGGGAUGGCCCCUCGACAACCAACUGCGAACCACCGUUCCACCAAUUCAUCGGCGAUCUACAACAAAAAGACACAGCUGCCAAUAUCAGCCUGAUUGGCGACGAUCUCUUCGGUAAGUUACAGUCCCUGGCCAGUAAAUCCCACAGAGACCUAAAAACACAGCCGUGCGACUUAGAAAUACGACCCUAUUCCCAGGAAGACACGACCAUACGUAAAUUGGCUCUAAUGCGACUGACCGUGGGCCCCAUUACGCUGGUCCACCCGGUCUACAUCUCUCCAGUCAACGCGCACCCGCUCCUACUGGGCCAGGACCUUCUAAAUCGGUUUAAGCCCCUAAUAGACUUCCAACGUCUGAAGAUCUGGGUACAGGUCCGGGAGCCCUUGCCCAUUCCGCGCCCGUUGGGCGAAAACCACUGCUACUUCAUAGACGCGCCACCCGCGAACGGCCCACAGCCCGCCGCGGCACAAACCGAAACCGGUCAACGGACGCCCACAACCUGCGCGAACGCCGCGCCCACACGCAUGGCCCCCGACCUUGACAGUGAUGAGAACGUGAAACUCCCCCGGCUCCUGGGGGCAAACCAAUACAGGACCGACCCGCAGGACCACCUGGAACAGACGUUCGCAUUUACACAAAAGAAACUGGGAGACAGCGCCGAAGGACGCAAAGCCUACUACGAUCAAAAGGCGUCUCGCAACGAGCUCCAGGUCGAAAACCAGCAACUGGACUUGGCCUUCAUGCACUCAGCCUUCACCCCGCUGCUCUACUGCACUCUCGAGGGUGCUUAG